AUGAAGGCCAGGAGCAUCCUGUUCAUGCUCAAACCCAAAAUCGAGGUGGAGCUAGACUGCCUCGUGGCCCAAGGGGUGCUAGAACCCAUACCCCACACAACCUGGGAAACCCCGAUAGUCACCCCCAUAAAGCCCAAUGGAGACGUCCGCAUCUGCAUGGACUAUAAAUGUACUUUGAACAAGGUGGUACAGGAUCACGCCUACUUGGUCCCAGUGGUCAGCCAUGUUUUGGCUUCUCUGGCUGGCAUGAUAAUUUUAGGCAAAUUGGACCUGGCCCAGACCUACCAACAACUGCCAGUUGACAAAGCUAUCGCGGAGUUAAUGUCUAUCCAUUGCAGCCUAAAUCCAAAUGGUAUCGAUCUCUCUGUCCACACGGAAGGCAUUAACUUGCAGCUUGAAGGCGAGAGGGUGGAAUCGUCCUUGCUCAAGAAGGAAAACUCGUCAAAGUUGCCGGAGUCAAAAGGAACACCAAAGAGGCAGCAAGUAGAGCCAGAAGCAUCUAAGUCUAACAUUGUGAAACUGACUAAGCCGGUAGCACUGUGGACCCAACUGGAUGUGUGCAAGUGGCUGAAGAAACAUUGCCCAAAUCAGUAUCAAAUCUACAGUGAGUCAUUCAAACAGCAUGACAUAACUGGCCGUGCGUUGCUGAGGCUUACAGACAAAAAGCUCGAGCGGAUGGGGAUUGCUCAGGAAAGCUUACGGCAGCAUAUUUUGCAGCAGGUCCUCCAGCUGAAAGUGUGAGAGGAAGUCUGAAACCUUCAGCUGCUGACACAAGCAAGUGGGGCCUGCAGCAGAUGCGGAGGUGGCCGAGGCGGCGGUGUGGAUUGCGAGGCAGCCGAGGCGGCAGUGCGGCCCAUGAGGCGGCAAGGCAGUGGCACGGGCCGCAAGGCGGCCCGUUGGAGGAUGAACGGAGUUGGCAUCCCUGCCUGA